AUGCCAAGUCAAUUUUCUGUGAAGGUUCCUAUAAUUUUGUCCAAAUCAAAUAACAUUAAACAGAUUUUGAAAAGGGAUGAAAUUAGGAAUGAUUCAGAAGUUGAUGUUCUGAGCAAACAGAUUUCAGUGCUGGAUAGGAAGCAGCUGAAUAAUCAUGUCACAAUCCAGAGUAAACAGCAGCCAGUGAAACUCCUGAAUGGAACUCAUGUUGCCUACUCAAAUGGAACUCAUGUUGGAUACUCUAAUGGAAGUCAUGCUGCAUACUCUAAUGGAAAUUAUGCUGCAUACCCACAGAGAGUUAUGAGCAACAACACAGCAUCCUAUGCUGCUCCUAAGGUAUUUACUUCCUAUGCUUCCAAUGUCUUCCAAUACAUGCAGAAGACUCCUCAACCAGUGAUCAACAUGCAAUUUCCUCUAAUGAACUCCUCAGUGAAGUUGAUUGACGAGUCGUUCAAAUGGGUAGCUACCAAAACUGACAUGCUGUUGGACCAAUAUAACUACCUGGUGGUGGGUGUCCUGGGAACGCAGAAUUCUGGCAAGUCCACAUUCAUGUCUCAACUGGCUGGCACUGUCAACAGGAAUGAUAACAAGUUGAUGUUCAGCAAGCAGAGUACUCGUACUCGAGAGUCGGGUGUCCACAUGACGCUUGGAGUCGACAUGUACGUCACCCCAGAGAGGAUGAUACUGCUCGAUUCGCAGCCGUUGUUCAGUGCAUCAAAUAUGUGUGACAAGAUACAACUGGAGAGGAAGCGUAUGAUAGAUAGUAUAGAUGCCAAUUUGGAUGUUCAGUCCAUCCAGCUGACUACCUUCAUGAUGUCCGUCUGCAAUGUGAUUUUUGUCGUCGUAGACUGGUUCAUUGAUGACAAGAUUUUCAAGUUACUGGAGACAGCAGAGUUGUUUAAGCCCAGGAAUCCAUAUGACACCAUGGGAAAACAUUUCAAACCUCCCUCACCUCAUAUUGUGUUUGUGUUGAACAAGUGCAACUUGGAGGACUUGAGCCUGCGUUGCAGCACAGAGGAUAUGAUUGAAAAUUUUAUGAGCCAAUCAAAGUUCAACUACAGAGGUUUGACUCAGAAGUCAAUCGGUACAGGAGUGAAGAAGAAAAAUGAGGAUAGCGAAAUAGAGAAAAGAACAGUUAAUCUGGUUACCCUGCCUUUAAUAGGCAACAAGGAGGAUGCAAACUGGGCAGUUUCGAUGGGAACUAAGUUUGAAAGUUUGAGGGGCUGUCGAGACUUUGAGGAGCAGGUGAGGAGGCUGAGGAACAAGUUGCUGACUUCGCAGAAGGAUUUGAUGUUCAACAAGUUCAAUGAGAAGAAGUGGCUCUUUUAUGCAUCAAAAGCGUGGGAAAUAAUUAGAAAGUCACCGGCUAUGUGCGAGUACAAUCGUUUGACUUCGUGA